AGUCAAUAUUUGAACAAACCAUUGGGGAAUGAUCGUGUAUAAAUAGAUCCUUCAUAAAUGGUUACUCACACAUUCAUAUUCUUUCAAUCAUUGAAAAAAAUGGCUAUAAUCUUAAAAAGAGGAAGACUUACCUUGGCUCUUAUCAUCCUCAUCGUCAUUAGUUCAUCAUCUCACAUCAUUACAACCACCGCCACUGCUCGGAUUCCGUACAACCAUGUCCGCCAACUAGCUACAAAUUGCGAUUAUGACCCCAUACAACAAAAUGAUGGACCCGACGGGUGUGGUAGUGGAAGUGGAAGUGGAAGUGGAAGUGCAUCACCAAAACCAAAACCAAUACCAUGCGGUUCAAUGCCAGGUAGGAGCCUUUGUAGGAAGGGUUGCUGUGGGAAGACUAAAAUGGGAAGAGCCGAAUGUUGCUAGUAGUACGGAGGUUGUACUACAUCAAAUAAUGUAUCUGAGUCCCUUGUUUAGAUCAGAAAAUAAUAUUUCAAAUCAUUUCCACCCUCUGCUUUUCCUUAAAGUUGUCUAUGUAUGAGUAUGUAUGUCCACAAAAAUUUUAUAUCCAGAUAAUGUUGUUCGAAUUAA